AUGCGUCGUUCUUUUUGCCAAGCCAACAACCUACUAGAACGUCGAAAUAAACACUUGAUUUUCUUAAAUAGCAUCAUUCGAACAUACCACUCGACAUUUCCUGUGUUCAGUCCCGCACCUACAGAAAAGAAAGAGGAGGCAAAGCCUACUUCCGACCAAAUAACUCCGAAAAGUAGCCUCGACACUAAGAAAAAGAAAAAGAUAAAAGGCGGAGCGAGACUGCACAAAUGGCUGACUCAGGAGGGUGGGAAUGAAUUUAAAGAGCCGAGGUUGGGCGGAACUCAUUACUAUGGAGAAACUCCGUUUCCCAUGAAUCCUCUAUUCAGACCACGACCACCAUUAGAUGAUGCAUUGAAAGAUAAGAUAUAUGAGUCAUUCACGAAAGAAGGGCUAUCACCUAGGCAAAUUGGUCAAACUUAUUCCAUAUCAGUGAAAAGAGUCGAGGCUAUAUUGAAAUUGAAACAUUUAGAAAAGAAGAUGCAAGAAAAGGGGAAACCGUUGCAAACAGAUUUUCGUAAGAAUAUGGAAGCGAUGCUUGGUGUCAAACGAGAUAAACAUAUCGAAGAGCCAUUAAAUGUGAUUUUACCACGAGUCAAUCGACCUCUUUUUGAGCUUGUUGAUGAGGACGAGGAAUUUACUCCCGAGGCAGCAGCUAAGAAACUUGGUCGACCACCAUUCGAGGAAAUAAAACGUCGAAUACUCGAAGAAGAAUCAAAAAAAUUUGUGCUUGACGAAGCAAAGAAACGGGAAGAAGUCAUUUUGAUUAGCAAAGAAAAAUCAGAAGGAAACAAAAGAUUUAGAUUUGUGUUUACUGAUAUUUCUGAUAAGGAAAAGAAAGUUUAUAUACGCGAACGAGAUGGAAGACUGGUUCAACGUAUCGGAUUUAAAAUAGACGAUCAAACAUUGGAUAAACAGCAGCAACAUCAGCAACAUCAACCUAUUUUGCUAUAA